UGCAGAUUGUGGUGAAUGAAGGUGGUGGUGGUGGUGGUGGUGGUAGUGGUGGUGGUGUUGGUAGUAGUGAUUGUGGAGAAGGUGCCUACCAAGGAAACCCAUUGCGCCUAUUCAUUCAAGGUUAAAGUGCACUUGAGUCCACUUGUGGCGUAUCAAUCUCUCGUAUCAACCAUGAGCGACAAUGAUGAAGAUGAGAAAAAUGUGGAUCAAUACGACCAAGGCCUGGUCAUGUCCUUUCAAACUUGCUCCACUACGGAAAAGGACGUUUUGGAUCUGCUCAAGCUGGCCUACAUUUUAAAGGCUACAAAUCUGAGUAAUGUCGAGCUCUCUCGGGUUCCACCAUCUAUCCACCAACUUUGGAGCGAUCUCAGGGCUUCAUUGUGUUCAAGCCCACCUUUGGCCAAGUGCAAUCACACCACCCGAGCCAAAAGUCCACCCGAGAGGCACAGUUUCCACAAUUCAAUCACUCAUGGACGAGAAGGUCAUGGAGACGCUUCAAGUUCUUCUUCCCCUUCCUCUUCGUCCUUUACCAUAAAGACGAUUGCCAAUCGACCCCAACCGAGGGAACCUUGUGGGAUCGAGUCCCAGUUGAAGAAUAGUCUGCUGGAAUUGGCUCACGACGAGAUUCUCCAAAGCAUCUUGCCGUACAUUUUGUCCGUCAAAACCCCGCCGAGCAAUCGAGGUGGAUUCGCCUUCGGAGAGAAUGAUUCCCUAAAAGUCUCGAAUCGGGGAUUCCUUCACCCUUUGCGGAGAAAAUCCAUCAGUGAGAGCAAUUUGCACAAACUUAUCUCCUCGGACUUGACUAUGACCAGCCAAGACAUAACAAUCCACGUGUGUGACGACAGUCGAGAUGCCAAGCGUGACUUCACGUGUCCUCAAGAUCUCUUAACGUCCCAUAUGGGGUAUUUCAAUGACAUCACUUCCGGACAGAACCUAGAAGAUGUGGACAUUUCCGUCCAUUGUGAUAUUUACAUAUUCGAAUGGCUCAUGGCCUGGAUCCAACGAGGUAAUUCGACCUCGGAUCCACCCUCGUUUGAGCCGGGCAAUGUCAUGUCCAUCCUCGUAUCAGCCUCGUUCUUGAAGAUGGAUCAGUUGGUUGAUGAUGCAUUGCAGUUCAUCCACAAGAACAUGAACAAAGUCUUGGGCGUGACCUACAACAUGAAUUGCCUUUCAGACGCCUUGCUUCAAAGGUUGUCUAACUUAUAUUCCCCUUCGCAAGUGGAGGAUAUCAUCGAUCGUCGCGAUCGGAUCCAAAGUAAACUGUUCAUCAAACUCAUCUUUAGCUUGUGCGAGCCAGCACGGGAACCCGACCGUGAACUCUUCGAAUCUGCGGCCUCCCUUCAUCGCUGUCGUCUUUGCGGCUUGUUCUUGACGAACAAUCUAGCCAAACUUUUACCGUGUCUUCCAUUGCGAUCCUCGAUCAAUCUAAGAGGCCAAAUUGUGCCUAAACACCAAAGAGAUCCUCACUUCAAUAUCAAUGAACUCAUUCGAGGACUCCGAAGUGAGCUGAAGUCUUGGCGCAAGGUCUUUUGGCGUCUUUGGGGCAUGAUCCAUACCCUUCCGUGUUCAUUAUGCUCCUCCUCGUUUCCUCUUUACUUGAAUGAGUUUUGUAGCUACCAUCCACAUGAUCCGGAGUUUCCUGCCAUUCAGUUUAAGAACUCAACUCAGCCAUUUGGAAGCUAUCCUUGUUGCAAUCUGUCCAUAUUCCGGUUCCAACCAGUUCAAUCGGGACAAAAUGGUUGCCAAUCCAGAGAGCACAAAGUGAAGCUCAAGACCGACGUAGAUAAGGCCAUUUUCAAGCUGCUGAUGACCCAUCGAGAUUCCAUUUGUCUUUCGAGUAUGGGACGUUCCAAAAUCAAGAUCCCUUCGGACAUCAACAGCAUUUGUGUUCCAAAACCACUUUCCAGUGGAUCUAGCCCAGUAAUAGUGAUAGUUGGAGAAGAGAAUGGCCAAGAGUUCAAUCUGGUUCCUAAAACCAAGCCCCGGUUUUUACUAAAUCGAAGCAUUUGGCAAGUCAAGAAAAUGCCACCAGUCUCGACCAAACCUUUGAUCAAGAAAAGCCUGAGCUCGUUGUCCUUAAACUCGUCAUCUCCUACUGCCAAAUUAGCGGCUCAACGAUGGAAAACAAUCACCUAUGGGCGGUUAAAAAGAACCCCCAAAUUACCAGUUAGGCAAAUUCCUUCCAGCGACAGUUCAAGCUCCACAGAUCUCUCCGAGGAUAGCUCAGGGUUAGAUGAGGAGGAAAAUGGUCUGGAAUACGACUUGGAGCGCAAGAAUGACCUGUCGAUUGAAAUCAAGAUCGCUCACGAUGAUGACAAUGUCUCAAGCAUUGGCUGUGGUCACGACGGGCCAACCGGAGGCAGUGGCCUCAAUUUGGCGAUCUCAGGAUCCAAUUCUAAGUUUUUGAGCCCUGGACGUCCGGGGAGUGGAACCAGUCGUGGCCAGAGUCGCCCAAGCAGCCCAAGACGACGGAAUGAAAAAACCGAGGAGCAUUGGAUGAAAUGGGACAGUGACCGGAGCACCCGAGCAAACCAAGACAACCAACGGGAAUUGGAAUGCGUGGCCAUGAGGGAAUUGAUGCGCCACCUCGGCAGAUCCAAGACCGUUCAAGGCAAGCCCUUCGCCAAACCAGAAUUUAGUGGUCCACUCGGGAGUAGCAUGACCAACCGAACCUGGACCAACCUACAAAUGGUUCAAUUCGGUGGUACCUUUUUGAAACUAGAACAGGAUUGGCGGGAAACCCACAUGGCGUACCUUCAGCACCGCUCCCAAAGAAUCACGACUCCCUCUGGCUUGAGAGCCGUCCCGGGGAUCCGUGAGGUGCGCCCCCAUUCAGCCGCCAGUCUUCGAAGUGGAGCAAGUGGAGCAAGUGGAACAAGUGGACGCAUUUAUCGCCGAUGAGUCGGGCGACGGCCAUGCAAAGAGAAACUUUGUCACUGGCAAUGUUGUCCUCUUCCCACUUGAUUAAUUGAAAACUAGUAUCAAUAAAUUGGACCAUACAUAAAAGUGCUUGGUCCAAGUACAUACUCUUGGUGGUCAAACUGAACAAAGCAAAACACCAAGCUCCGAUUUGUUCCAUGAUUUUAGACUGAGAAACUGUCUUAGAAAUGACGAGUUCUAGAAGUUUUGACGCGAUGGCAAGAAAUAAUCGAUUCUAUGUUUGUAUGUAAAUAUCUAGUCCAUAGAUAAGUACAAUUGGAUCUUUUGUGAUUGCGAAUGGACGCGAUGGCAAGAAAUAAUCGAUUCUAUGAUUGUAUCUAAAUAUCUAGUCCAUAGAUAAGUACAAUUGGAUCUUUUGUGAUUGCGAAUGGACCGUUGUGGUUUCUUGUGUGCUUGGUUUUCCAUCCUUGAUCCCUUGCUGAUGGAUUUGCCAAUAGCUAUUUUCAUUCUCCUCUCCCUCCUCUCGUGGCGGACAAGCAAACGGAGAAAUAAAUAAAUAAACUUUAUUGCGACUCUUGGUCAUGUCAGAUGUAAAAUGUAUAAAACUGUAUGUAUGAAUAUCAAAUCAUUCAAGAGAAGUUUAAUCACUUUAGUUUGUAUCGGUCUUCACAUGAUAUCAAAAGUUUUGAAUGAUGCAAAAAGUCAAGGUUCAUCCCUGCUAACGCUCUUUUUCCUUUUUUGGCCACUAGAGUUUUUACCUCCUACCUCGGAGUCCCUAUUAUAUUUAUAGUCCUUUUCAUUCAGCGGAGGAAGCGCCCUCUGCU